AUCAGUUCAUUUCAAUAAAAUCAUUUUGGUACUUUUAUGGGCGGGGCCGAAAUGGUUGCCAGGGACGCAACGUUCGAACGUUUACCGAAAUGGUUGCCAUUUGAAAGUUUAAAACUGUCUUCCUCUUUCACUUAUGUAAGAGUGUAGAAUCAGGUAUGGCUGUCUAAAUCACUGGCUGCUUCAAUGGGCGAUCCUCAAGAAGUUCCAUGGAGGUACUACCCAUUAGUGGUCUACCAAGGCCAAUAGAUACAUAUCAAAUUUACAUUCGGUAAGCAUAUUUAAUUGAGACAUUUGUAUAAACAGUGCUUAAUAACUAGGCCUAUACUUCCGUGAAACAAUGUAUUUAAAUGAGGCAUUUCAAUAUUUAUUUGUCUGUCUGGAUCAUGGAAAAGUUAGAUAAUUGUUUUUGGCUUGACUUCCCUUCUGUCAGUGAUCACAACUGAGCCCUAUAGUAAAAAACUAAAAGAAGCUUUCCCAGUAAUUGCAAUGGCUGUUUCUUCAUACUGCCAAGAAGCCUUUACACAAAGAUAGAUACUGUUUCUGUUAGGUACAUGGUUGCAUUUUUAUUGCAUUUAGGCCAAACUGGCAUGGUUAAAGAAACACCGAUCUGUGUUUAUAAUUAUUGAUUUGAAUGUCAUUUCUCAUCCAGUCACUGAACUACCAGUUACAAAAAGAUUGGUUAGCAUACUGUAAUAAAUUAUCUGUGAGAAUAGAAAAAGCAAUAGGUCCCAUGGGGCUCCACCUCUUGACUCCUCCAAAUGGACACUGUCUAAUGCGGUUGGGGGCAGUGGGCUGGUCGAACUGUGGGAGACACGACACACCAGAAAAGCAUCAAAGUGGAAGGGACUGACUAGAGAGGUGACCAGCUGUCUACAGCCAUGCAAACUCUGAGAACAGUUGAGGGGCCAUCAUUGAUCAUUUCCUGGCAACUGGCCUGUCUGUUGGGCCUGCUCAGCUUUUUGGGGCCGGUCGCACCCCUUCAUGUGUCUCCCAUGAUGACAGGCCUUCACUCUGCCUUCUCAGCCACGCGAACCAACAGCAUCCUGGGAGGCAACCAGAAGGCUCUGACCUUUGAUAGGCUCCUAGUCAAUGCAGGAAGUGACUUCAACCCGGACACGGGUCACUUCCGCUGCAGAGUCCCUGGGGCCUAUUACUUCUCCUUCACCGUGGGGAAGUAUCCCAAGAAGAUGCUGUCCGUCAUUCUGGUGAAGAACGGGCAGGAGGUGCAGGCUGUGGCCUACGACGACUACAGGAACAAAGGGCGUAAGGUCCAGAGUCAAAGUGUCAUGAUCAGCCUGAAAGCCAUGGACACAGUGUGGCUGAUGUUGCAGGACAGUCCUCAGUAUGCUCUGUACAGCAGUGCGGGCCCUUACAUCACCUUCACUGGAUACCUGGUGUACCCUGACAUCUCUGCCACCCGUCACCUCAGCAACCACCUAUCCACACCGGCUCAGCCCUACCUAAACUGCCCCCCGCCUGCAGACCCCGCGGACGGCCGGGGUGGCGCCGAGGUGCCUCGCUCGGCCUUCUCCGUGGCCAGGACGUCCCCGUUUCUGGGGGAGAACGGGCGCCAGGAGAAGGAGCCCCUGGCGUUCGACGUGGAGUACGUCAACAUAGGCGGGCACUUCAACAUGACGUCCGGCCGCUUUGACUGCCGCCACCCGGGGGCCUACUAUUUCGCCUUCACGGUGGGGAAGCACCCGCGCCGGGCCCUGUCGGUGAAGCUGAUGACGGGCCAGGGCGACGUGCAGGCCAUGGUGUUUGACGAGGACACGUCCAGGAGGAGGGAAAUGCAGAGCCAGAGCCUCCUCCUGUCACUGCGUGUGGGCGACAGCGUGUGGCUCUACAGUCAGCAGGAUGAGCGCUACGCCGUCUACAGCAACCAGGGGCGUUACACCACGUUCUCCGGGUUUCUGGUUUACCCAGACGUUGAGCAGCGUUCCAGGCCCAUCGCCCCACGCCAUCACCACCAGGACAGAACUCGUUUGGGAGGGCUCUGAGGUGUGUAAAACACACUGGACAUAGUGCUAUGUCACACAUCCAAACCUGCGCUGAGGGACCGGGCGCGACUGUAUGCAUCGUUUGUGAAUAAAGCCGUAGUCAGUUGCUGGGAGUGGAUUGAGCCACAACGGCAGAAUCUUUUGGAAAUGGUGUCAGAGAUACACGUGUUAAACAAACAUGCAUUUCUUUACCCUUUUAUUGAUUUCACAGCAAUUUCCUGCAGGGUUUUAUCAUUUCUCAAGAUAAAGCUAUGAUUUCACUUUUUGGAUUAUCAACAAGCUAACGAUCUUAACACAUAAUUAUGUUGUAUAACUUCUCUGUAAGGCAUUAGACGUGAGAAUUUCUCUUUUGCAUUUUUGGCUGAUUUCAAACCACAGUUAUGUAAUAUAAUAUAAUGGUAUAUGAUGUUGAAAAAUCAGGAAUCCUUGGACACCUCAUGACUCCCAGAUGUUUUAUUUUUACAUUCACUAAAGGCUAUGGGGUUAUUUGCCUGCCUAACUGUCACCUGAAUGGGUUUGGUUGGGAAGGUUUGGUCUGUCCUAAAUGCACAGUGAAAAAAUAUUGAUUGUUGAAGGAGCAGUUCCAUGAUGUAAAGCUCAUUUAAAUAAAAUGUAUUUGUCAUGUGGUUAGUUAACCAAGUUUUGACUAACAGUGAAA